UACCCGCCCACCGGCCAUCGAUCCUUUCGCUUGUCGUCGUUUGCAGACUCCAUCUUGUAUUUGGUUUUGUGUGUAAAUAAUUUGACAAUUUUUUUUGUGUAUGUAUAAGAAAAAUGAGUGAUUUUGCCGGUGCAGCACCCCCUCAACCGAAUUUCAAUCAAUCGUCAGCAUUUGCUGCAGCCCUACAACGAGCCAAACAGAUCGCGGCCAAGAUCAAUCCGGCCGGUGGUGGUUCUACGCCGGGAGAGAGUCGCCCUAAAAGACCUUUGGACGAUAGUCCUGAUAUGGUUUCUUUAGAACCUGAUGCCAAAAAAGGCCCAGGUGUCGGUGGCCCUCCUCCCAUGGGAGGUAUGGGCAUGGGUCGUAGUAGUCUGGGUGCACCACCACCAAUGAGCUCAAUGAAUAACGGACCUCCCGGGAUGAAUGAUGAUCUAAAACCUCCUGGUUCUGGUGGAGGUGGAGGUGGAGGCGGAGGUGGCAGUGGCGGUGGAGGUGGAGGACCCCGUAUGGGUGGAGGUGGUCCAGGUGGUGGCAGAAACAGUGUAGAAAUAAUGUUGCCUGGCCCAAAAGUUGGCUUAAUCAUAGGUAAAGGAGGUGAAACGAUCAAGCAACUGCAAGAGAAAAGUGGAGCUAAAAUGGUUGUUAUUCAGGAUGGACCAGCCCAAGAGUUGGAAAAACCACUAGUCAUUAGUGGGGAUCCUCAAAAGGUUGAGUAUGCCAAACAGUUGGUGUACGAACUGAUGGCUGAAAAAGAAAUGAAAAACUUUGGUAACCGUGGUGGCGGCGGAGGAGGCAGAGGAGGGCGAAAUGAUAGUUUCAGAGGCGGCGGCGGCGGUGGUUACGACGACGGCUUCGGAGGCGGCGGCGGCGGAGGUGGCGGCGCUGAUUACGAAGUUUUAGUGCCGAAGGCGGCCGUCGGCGUCGUUAUCGGCAAAGGCGGCGACAUGAUUAAAAAGAUCCAAAGCGAGACCGGCUGCAGGGUACAGUUCCAACAGGCGAGAGACGAAGGUCCGGGCGACAGGCGGUGCUCUUUGAGUGGAAAUCCUAAACAAAUCGAUCACGCUCGACAGAAAAUUGAAGAGCUGAUAGACAGCGUGAUGCAAAGAGAUGGUUCGGACGGUAUGGGCGGAGGACCCGGUGGAUUUGGUGGAGGAGGUCGUGGAGGUAGAGGAGGCGGCCGUGGAGGUCGUGGAGGCAGAGGCGGACAUUUCGGAGGCGACAGAAAUGGUGGAGGUGGAGGAGGCGAUUACGGAUCCGGAGGUUGGAACGAUCGGGGAGGCAACUCGAACCAACACGAGGUCUCGUUCGUGGUCCCGGCAAAUAAGUGCGGAAUUAUUAUUGGAAAAGGUGGCGAAACGAUUAAACAGAUCAACCAACAGUCCGGGGCGUAUUGCGAGUUGGAUAGGCGAAGUAACGCGAACACAGUGGAGAAAACGUUUACGAUAAAGGGAGAUCCGGAUUCAGUGGAGGCCGCCAAGCGUAUUAUUAGUGAAAAGAUCCAGUUGCCCCUUAAUUUUGUCACGAUGAAUGGGCCCUCGGGCGGUAUGAACAACAGCAUGCCUACGGCCUAUCCGGGCAUGGCACCACAAGGCUACAACCCUCAAGGUUGGGGCAUGCCCAACUACGGCCAACAACAGCAACAACAGUGGGGCGGAGCGCCAUCUCAAGGUGGAGACGCGUCAAACGGUCAAAAUGCCGCGCCCCCUAGCGGCGCGCCCUCCGGUCCAGUACAAAUGAAUCCAUCCAGCGGCCAACCAGAUUAUUCGUUACAAUGGGCCGAAUAUUAUAGGUCGUUAGGUAUGCACCGAGAAGCAGAAAUGAUCGAGCAACAAGCGAAAACAAAAAGUGCGGGAGGUGCUCCGCCGGGCGGCGCGCCGGCGGCUCCUCAAGGGGGCGCUCCGGCCGCCCCCGCAGCCGCUGAUCCUUCCGCCGGUGCCGCCGGAGGCGGUCAAGCCGAUUACAGUACACAAUGGGCGGCGUAUUAUAGGAGUAUGGGCAAGAUCAAAGAGGCGGAGGCCAUCGAAGCUCAAAUGAAAAAUAAGGCCGCCGGAGCAGCACCAGCCGCACCCGCAGCACCAACACCAGCGGCACCCGGUGCCCCCGCCGCUGGAUUCCAACAGCCUUACGGUGGAUACCAACAGCAAAACGCCUACUACGGAGGUCAAGGACAACCGGGCGGUCAACAGAAUUACGGAUUUCCGCAAUACGGUUACGGCGGUCAGGCCGCGUCCGCCCCACAAAAUCAAUCGGACGGGAACUAACCGGACCACGACGACGCUUUUAAUCGAAUCGCAAAUGGGAGGAAAUGCGGCGCACGUUGCCACAAAGCGGUCGCGGUAAACCGGAUAUUCAAGACUGGAUGGACACGACCGAAUUACUGCAGAUUUAAAUGGCCAGUAUGACGUAAGACAUUAAUUGAAAUGCAAAUUGUUGAAUAUUUCAUUUUUUUUAUUGAUAUUUUUGGUGCCCCUCCCUGUUCCGUCAGCGAUAAUUUUUAACAUAAUAUUUCCAUCAUGUUUGUUUUUUUUUUAAUUUUGUGCUUGCAGGUUCCUUGAUUUCUUCUUUAUAAUACAUCGGAAUGAUGAGUAAGUAUUUUUAAUAAAUAACCAAUUAUAAAGUGUAUUUAAUUAACAAUUGAAUUAUUGCGGUAUGGGGAUAAUUGGUUGAUUGCACCCUUCAUCCGUCUUGACGUCCUGUAUAUUUUUACAAAAUUUGCAUCCAAUCCUAAUUACUUACAUGGUUAGUCCAAAUAUGUCAAUAUUUCCGGAAGUGAAAUUUUUGUUCGGUUUUAUUUCAUACGUAACACCCAAAUUUUAGGGGAUGAAGGGCAAUGGCUUCAGAUUCGACCCUUAAAAAAUCUAAAGAUGAGCACAACGGGGAAUUUAAAGAAUGUAAAUUAAGGGUAGAUUUCAUGGUCUAGACAAAUAAAAAUUUAUACAUGUAAAAAUAACCGCUAUAUAAAAGAUGCACAAGGAAUUAGGUUUUUGUGUAUAUUAACAGCACAUUUGGAUUAUUCAAUGUCUUUAAUAGCUAUAAUGUUGUUAUUUGAUUACAAUUUUCUAAAAGAGUGCAAUUUUAUUCUUCCUCAGGUCCUACGAUCCAGGGCAUCCUCUGUUCCUAAUUUUCCCAUUAUCCUAUGGAAAUGAGAAUUUACUAGUAAGAUGCCAUUAAAGCUAACGCUUCCUUAGUUUCUUUCCCUUUUUUUCAAAUGACGUUUAUACGAAGGUUAAUACCAUUUUAAAGAAAAAACUAUGUGACUGAAUUUCGAUUACUUAAAUUGUUUUUUUUUGGAACUAGGAUCGAAGUUGUGAUUUUGAGAUAGUAGAAAGGGUAAUCUUUUUAUAGUUUAUAGUUCCUACUCGUUUCGGAUAUUGUCUAUCAAAUAGGAACCACUCAGUUGUACUCAUACCAAACCAGGUUAUAUAAUUUUUUUAACCAUAAGAUUCUCCCUCUACCCACACUCUGUUUUCAUUUCUCAUUACCAACCCAAAAUUGGAGCUUCCUCGUUCCUUCACAGUAUUAGUCACUUCCUUUUCACAACCUCCAUAUUUGUAUUUAUUAUGUGGUCUGUCCAUGGUAUUUUCAAUAUUCUACGAUAUAAUCAUGACUAGAAUGCUUCCAAUUUCUUCGUUAUCGCUUCAGUAGGUAUCCAUGCUUCUAUAUUACUAUUAUCUCUAUUGGCUUUUUAUAUUCUGCUUCGUAUUUCCUGCGAAUGAUCCCAUUCCUCGUUCACCAGAGUCGAGAGACAAGACUGUUCUAUCGGUUUUCGGUUGAUUAUAAUUUGAAAGUUAUUAAUGUUGUCUUUGCUUAUACUCAUUACUUUUAUCUUUUUAAUAAUAUUGUUCACGCCUAUAGUGGCCUAUAGGACUGCACUCUGUUAUUCUGUGCAUGAGUAUUUGUAACCUCUAGGCUGUCGGCAAAAACGAUCAUAUUGUUUGCAUAACGAAUACUGUUCUCCAUUCAGGAAUGUUCUAAGGCUUCUCUAAAUAUGAAUUCGGAAUAUCUUCAUUUCCUCCGUUUAUUAUUUUCGAUUCUGACAAGAUUUUAGUACAGGUUAAUUAGUAUUUUGAUGUCCCUUUCACCCAAGCCUACAUUUUCAGAAUUUCUACAAUUUUUCGAUGUUUUACUCUACGAAAAGCCUUCUGGUAGUCAAGAAAACAUGCAAACACGUUCAUGUCUGCAUCGCUAGAAUAACACUUGGAUGUUAUAUAUCGGUGGUUUAAACCGCAAAUAUUUUAGGUCCAUACAUUUGGCGCAAAUACGAAAAAUAGAUUUUCUUUUGCAUUCAAGUAAAUUGCGUGAUAAACAAAAUAUUUGGUAUUUUUUAAGUGAGUUUAGUUAUUUGUUGUACAAAUAUAUUAUGAUAGCCAUUUUUAAUAAAAAUAGUUAUAAUUUGCUGCAUAUACCAUAUAUUAAAUUUCCUUAAUUGGACAUACUACAAUCAGGCUUAAUCAAGAAAACAAUUUAUUUAUUAUUAAAAUUUAAAGAUUUUAUUUAAAAAAAAUACGAAUCAAAGUUAGAACAAAACUUAUCAUAUAAUCGGGAUUUUAAUCUUCUUCAUCGCAGACGUUAGGGGUUGUUUUAUAUGGAACAAGAUCUUUGUCUUUCUUUGAACUCCGUAAACUUUCAUAAUAACUUUUGUAUGCUAUAGGAAUAAUUUGCUUGCCAAGCAAAUACUGGAAGUUUUUUUUGCUCCUUAAAUUGGCAAUCUUUGUUUAUAUUUUUCUGAUAAAUCCAGAGUUUUCCACGAUACAGUUUUCUUUUUUUUCCUUGCAAAACAUCACAUUCUAAGAAUUCAUUAUCAGCCAAUGAAUAUUUACAUUGACUGAAUGGUUUAGAUUUAUCAAAUCUUAGCCAUUUAAUGUGAAGCCAUUUUAUCUAUUCCUUUGAGUUUCUGUAAGUGAUAAAAAUAUGGAAAAGCAACCUUAUAGACCUGAUAAUGAGAUUGUUUUUUUUUUGGCCAUGUGUAUUAGCAACCCCCAUUCUUCGGUUCUGAAAAUUUUGCGAUGUUUACGUGCAUAGUUCUAGGUAGGAAUGGCCAGAUUCCAUGAAUUUUAGAUCUACAUAUUUGUAAGUGUCAAUUUUAUUGACGGCAAACAACAUCGCUGCAGUAACAAAUUGAUUCCGAUUUUGCCCCCGCAAGUAUCAGAAAAACUAGAAACAUGAGAUACAGUAUGAGCUAAUUUGUACAAAUACCUUAAGAGUCAUGAGUCAAAGGUAACAGUAACCACUGUGGUCAAAAGAAUAAAAUAUGGUGAAAUUACAAAGAGAGAGCUUACACUUGUAAUAGAUUCGGACUAAUAAAAUAGCUUGUAAAUCAAAAGAAAUUACUCGAUAGGUUGAAUCUUCUAAUCAUCUUUUUUUAUCUGCAUCUUCAUCUCCACUGCUUCUGUUUGUGCAGUUGCCAGCUUUCUGCUUAAUUGCUUUUGGCGCUAUAAUACACAUUGCAUGUGGAACAUUCGUCCUUUCUAGGAAUAUGAAACAUUUAUUGAUUAUAACUAUUAAAUAUUUUUGGGUAAACAUUAACGGAAACAGGAGAGAUUGUUUCACUUGUACAUUAAACGUCAACAUACAAACGAUAGACAACAGAAAUAUUUAAAUUAGCUACCAAAAACAUUUUUUUUCGUAUUACGCCGACUGUAGUGACUUUCCAUAGGAGGGAAGCUGUAUAUGUGUUUUUUAACAUAAUGUGUUGCUCCUUGGAUGUAAUAUAAGCUCCACCUGGGCCACGCUUUUUCAAGGCAAGAAACUUAUGCUAAAAGUUGCAUAACAAAUUUUUAAGGAAACUCGCAAGUUGGAGCCCUGUUCAUCAGGUAGUAAAUAAGCGUGAUUUAGUUUUUGUGAUGUUGCUUUCAGACGUUCGUUUCCUGUGACGUUGAAUGCUAUUUUGUGUGAAUAAGUAUAAGCGUGCUUUUUGACGAUCAGCGUCAAUACUCUUGAUGCACAAUUUGAUGUCUCUCCAAAGAUAUCUUAUCAGAACAUUUGAAAUCUGCAUCUUGAGAAGUUGAUGUAUCCUGGUUUUUUUCCUGGUCUGAGCUCUUACCAUACAUUCUUUUUAUUUUUCUUAGUUUUUUUCCAUGUAUCUGGUUCUGUUUUCCUUUUCCGUGUUUUUUUAACUUCAGAUACCCAAACUUCUCUGGAUGUUGUUGGUUCUGGCAGUCUUUCUAUGGGAUUUGUUUCCAUAUCUUCAUUAUUGUCACUUGUUAACUCGUUUUCUCCCUCUUCUGCGGGCAUAUUUUUCAGAAGUAAAUGAACUCUCACUCGGUACUUUAGUGGUGCUUAAGUCUUUUCAUCCUCUGUUCCAAUAAUAUUCAUUGUAUACUCAAACAUAUUUAAUUCGUUGACAGAAUAUUCGAUGUUUUUUAUCAAGUUUUCUGGAACGAAGCACCAGUGAGUAUUUGUCUCCACUGGUUCUACCAAGAUGCCGAUGAUUGUUCUGAUUAUGCAAUCUCUUCGCAAUAGACCCCAGAAACACUACAGUGAAAAUUGGUUUAAGUUAGCUCUUCAGCUGAAAACAAGUGCGUACAAUAAAAAUUGAUCAUAUUUUAUCAGGACUCCUAAAAAUCGUGUCUCGUUUGGUGGGGUAUUUAUUAAAUGAACAAUACAAUAUAAAAAAAAGAACAUUAAAAACCAUUAAUGAUAUGAGUGUGGUAAUUCAAUGCAAUAUACCAAAAGGAAUAAUCAUCAUAUCUGAUUGUGCAGAACUUGGAUGAUAAUGUGAAGAGCUACAAUCCUCGCCAAAAUUGGUGCGCUUCUCGCAGAUUUGUAAUGCAUUCUGCGAAUCUAAAAUUAAACCAGAAAAUAAUGUGUGCAUAUCCUAUAAUUUUUAAUUUUGCACAAACCCAGGAAUUUUUACCUGAUAAGAACUAAAAGAAUACAAUAAGCUGGAUUUAUACAUAUAAAUACCACAAAAUAGCAAAUAAGAUAACAAAAUAAAUAAGGCUUUAUUUAAUCGUUCCCAUUUAUACAGGCAAAUAAAAUAAGAAAUAGGGGUAAUCAAUUACAUAUCAGAGACAUCUCUCUCUUUCACUGAAAAUUAUGGCCAAAAUAACCGGCGUUCGGACUUUCGUUUUCACAUAAUAAAUUAAUAGUUGGAUUUCGAUCUUAUUUUUAUAUUCUUAUCUUAUUUUGCUGUAUGAAUGGCUUAUGGGGAUUGUGUACAUUGAAUCUUUGUUUAAUUAUUUAUUUAUCUUAUUCGUCUGUAUAAAACCGGCUUUAUUGCUUAAAAUCUUCUUGCACCUGUUGAUUUUUGCAAUUUUCUCAGAAACUUUUGUUGGCAUCGUUUUGCUUUCGUCUCAGGUCAACCAUCGUUUGACACUGGUUUUACCACGUUUGCACAUUUGCAACAAUAAAAGUUCACUUUAAAUGACAAUACACUGCUUAUUUGAGUGACGUCUAACAGAACACUGUAAAAGUAACCCCAAUAAGCACCACUAUAAGAAUAAAAAUAUAACACCAUAAAAGUCCAAACAAAUCAGAACAGGAGGGCUUAUACAAAUAAUACUACAUCGCACAUUUACGUUAUAUCUGGACGCAAUAUUUAAACAAGUGGUGUUUGUUCCCGAAAAAAACAUAAAUUUUUUAUGUCAGGACUUCCUGUAAUAUGCUUCGAUAGAUUUAUAAUACUAUAGGACACAUUUUAUAUUAUGUCCGGAAAAUAUUUGAGAAGGUAUUAAUGCACACUGCUUUAGAGUCUUUAGACAUAAUAUAUUGGUCUGUGGUUUUACAAUAUAAAUAAAACGCUGAUUUCCACCUUACUCGUCAUUCUAGACUUAAAAUAUUUGUACACCUUAUACAUCUGCUUUACUGGGUUCAAACUAUAACUUUACCCCGAAAUAAACAAAAAGAGGACAUACAAUAUUUGUGCUUUAAACCAUUGAUGAUAUGGUCUCUCGUGUUGCUACUGCAGAUCUUUAUAAAUCCUGUAGUUUCUUCUACCGUGCCGUUCACAUUUGUUAACCACCUCAUGCUGUAUUUAUCAAAAAGUUUCAAAAAUUCUAUAUUUAUAUUAUAUAUAGAAUUCUUAGAGAGAUUUUUUUUUCCUUCAUGGAAUUUAUUGUUGCUCUGACCUCAUCAAUAUCUGGACUUGUUUCAUCAUCUACUUUAAGAGAUUCAGGUCUUGUGUUAUAAAAGAGUUGUUCUACAUAUGUUUUCCAUGUGUCUUUUUAUGUUUAGUCUUUAACCUUUUGGUGUAUGUUGAAAGUAUCGUGGCUUACCUGCAGUGUUUCUAUUUCAGUACACUUUUUUACCCUUCCUUGUCUUGACGCAUCUUUAUUUUAAUGAUUAUGCUAUUUUCUUUUUUUUUUCUUCGUUGUUCCAUUAACUGCAACCUCAACCUCGUCGGUCAUUCAGGGUUUCUUUUAUCAGGUUGUAACAAGUCGUCGUUUUACUUUUUGAUUUAUAUAUAACUACAUUCUGUUUCCUUGGUUCUUAUUUAUAAGGCUCUAAAUCUAUGAGACUUAGGAAUCUCGUUGAACUAGUCUGACCCAUUUGCUUGAAAGAAACCCCACAAUAUCUCUAUUAUUUUAUUGUUCUUUUUUAUUUUGUACUUACAGUUUCCUACAUUUAACAUGUUUAAUUAUUUAUAGUGUAAGUAAGUAUUAAUUGAUACAUGACAUUUAUUAAUAAAUAUCCUCGUUCAAUUUGAGCAUUAAAUGUAUCAAUUGGUAAUUAUUCAUAACUGAAUUACAGAGAGAUUGCGGGGAGGUUCACUUACAUUUUAAACCAAUGACAUUUGGAAUAUUGUUUAGGUAAUUACCCGGUUAAUGUACGGUAUGAUUAUAUUAAAUUACCAAUUCUAUUACAAACCACUCUAAUCUCACGUCCCCGUUUGGUUAAUUGUUUGUUAAACUAAUGGGGAUUAUUAUAUAUAUAUUACAUUUUGCAAUUUAGUUUUACGCUUUGCCAUUAUUUAUUGUCGUUUAGUAUUUUGGAUUAGAGUAAUAUUGAGGUCUGUGUUACUGGUAUAAUUAUUUUUUCAUUUCAGAAUAAAGUCGUUUAUUAUUAUA